AUUUGACCCUUACUCGACCUUGACCUAAUUGUAGAAAAGCCGUAGGAAGAAGGCGGUCGUUUUUGUUUACGUUGGAUAUUAUCAAAGUAACAGGGUAUAUUUGGAUCUAGAAAAUACUGGGAUUGAUGUAUUGGGAGAGGUGACAGACAGAGGAUAAAACAAUGCACUAUGAGGGACCAGCUUUCAUGUUUCAUCAUCAUCAUCAUUCCAGUAUGUCUUAUAACCUGGGGAGUGAAGCCAAGUCAAGGUCUGAACUUUGUCCGAGAGCCCAGUGAUGUGAUAGCUGCUGCUGGUCAACCCCUAUGGUGGCACUGCUCAGGACAAGGGACAGGGGGGGUCACUUACAGGUGGAGAUUUAAUGAUGCAGAUGUUACUCUCCCUGACUACCGUGUCCUCAGCAAUGGCACUCUUCACAUCAGCAGUGUCAGCAGCGGCAGUGUUGGCAGUUAUCAGUGCGUCAUAUCAGAUGGACAAAAUACUCAGUAUAGCAGUGCAGUGAGCCUGCAGUUAGCAUAUUUGGCAUCUAGCUAUUCCCUGAAUCCCUCCAAUCAAAAUAAAAACGUAGGAGACACAGUGGUUUUUGAUUGUGCUAUCUCCAGUCUUCCACCUGCUUCCAUAUCAUGGUUGCUAAGCAGGAAACCCAUUACCAAGGGAACAGUGUCCAUGGUUACAUCAUCCCAAAGCAGGUUAACUAUUAAUAAUGUUGACUAUGACAGUCAGGGGGAGUAUGUGUGUGUUGCUGUCAACCCUGUGAUACAGAAUACAGGAAGAUAUAGUAACACAGCCACUCUAACUUUAGAAGGCCGUCCAGGAUUUCUAGUGUCACCCAGCCCCCAAAGUGUCCCCCAGGGUCACAGUGCCCAUUUUAACUGUGUUGCCGUGGGAACAGAGCCGCUCACUGUGCAGUGGUAUGAUGUGAGCAAUGCCAGCAGUGCAGAACUCUUACAGAAUGGCCCUAGGUAUACUAUUCUCAGUAAUGGCUCCCUGACAGUGAACACUGUACGACUAUCAGAUGCUGGUUUCUACAUGUGCCAAGCCACCAACAGCAGGGGUAGAAAUGCUGUCACUGUGCUGCUAACUGUUACAGAUCCUGUGAGCCCUCCAAGUUUCACCAAGGUCCCCAGUGACAUGGCAGUACAGGAGGGAGAGGAUGUUACAAUGCAGUGUGCAGCUACAGGGAUUCCAGAACCUGUCAUUAGCUGGGUUAAGCAUCAGAGUAGCUUUCCAGCAGACAGAACCCAACACAUCUUCCAUGGCACCAUUAAAAUCACUAAUGUCCAGAGCUCUGACAGUGGUCAGUACAUUUGCCAGGCCUCAAACUCACAGGGAACAGUUGACCACAGAGUCACCUUGACUGUGCAAGUGAAGCCAUAUUUUACCCAAGUGCCUGUGGACACUGAUGUCCGUCAAGGAGAGAGCAGUACUCUCUUUUGCAAAGCUCAAGGAACACCUGAUCCCACCAUCACAUGGAGGCUGCCAAGUGGAGAGAUACUGACUGCUGAGAGUGGACUUAUUUCUGGUGUCAGUGUGGACUCCUCUGGCUCUGCGGUCAUCAUGGCUGCAGCAGAUGUGCACCAUGGCACUUUCACCUGCUAUGCCAGCAAUUUAGUUGGCACUGUCAGCACCAGUGCUGAUCUCACUGUGCUCUCGCCACCAACAUUUACCAUCAUGCCUAGUCAACAGAAUGUUGUCGAAGGAGCAGACGCCAUUUUUAACUGCCAGGCCACGGGAAGACCCCAGCCUUCCAUCACGUGGUACAAGAUAGGUCAGAGCCAGCAGAUCCAAGAUGGAGGCUCGUACCAGCUCUUUAGGAAUGGAAGUCUCAAAAUUAUGGGCGUGAAGAGAAAUGAGGCAUGGAUAUAUCGGUGCUUGGCUUCAAAUUCUUUAGGAAAUCAAACUGCGGUUGCUCCACUAGCUGUCACUGUUUUGCCCACAGUCAAUGUAACCCCUGCAGAAUACAUAGUGGACUUGGGUCAAGUGGUCACCUUCCACUGUGUGACCACUGGUGAUCCUCAGCCACUGGUCAGGUGGGAGAGAGAUGGACAGACACUGGUGCUAGAUAGUAACAUGCAGCUUUUUGCCAACAACACACUGGUAAUUCAAAGUGUAAGAGUAGACCAGCUAGGAGAAUACACAUGUGUAGCUACAAGUUCUGUAAGCACUGUCUCUGACUCAGGAGUUAUUUUUACCAGAGAUGUUCCAAAUUUCCUUGUUCCUCCGUCCAAUGUGACAGUCAACGUGACAGAUACUGCCGCCCUUCACUGCUCUGCCACAGCCAGGGAACAACCAACAUACAUCUGGUACACAGCAGACGCACAGGGAACUCUGGGUAGGAUGCUAGGUCAGGGGUCAGGUCAAGGGUCAGGUCAAGGGUCAACUAUAUAUGUGGAUGCUCUUGGGAAUCUUAGGCUACAGAACAUAGAGGAAGGCAGUGAAGGUUGGUAUGCCUGUGUGGCCAGGAAUAGUGUGGGGAACACCACUGGACUGGCUUAUGUCACUGUCAAUGUACCACCACGUUUAUUGGCAAGCAGUUCCAGUCUUACUGUACCAAGUGGCCAACCAGUGAUCAUGCAGUGUUUCUUUACUGGGAAGCCAUCUUUAAUAUGGAAGUCACCAGGUGGCAGUGUGAUCAGCAGAAGUGGUUUCGACUACCAAUUGAAUUCAUCAAGUCUCCACAUUGUAACAUCUAAUGUCUCCCUGCACUGGGGCACAUGGACAUGCCGGGCCUGUAAUCUUCUGGGGUGUAUGGAAGGCAUGAUACAGCUCAGUGUUGAAGGGCCACCAGCAAUUAGAGGUGUCACUGCCACUGAGACCAAUAGCAGUAUAUCCCUCUCAUGUAUCACAGUGGGCACCCCAGCUCCACAAGUCCAGUACUUCAUACAGCAAGUACAGAUCUUCCCAGUAUCCCCUCUUGUGGGGCAUGCAGUUUCCACUGUAGAUGGCAGCAGUAGGCUGGUAGUAGAAAAGCAGCAUGUGUUUUCCAGUUACACCUGUAGAGCUUACAAUGGACUCGGCACUGUAAAUGUAGUUCUUACUGUGCCAGGACCCCCCACUGCCCCUUAUGCUCUGGCGGUCACCUCCUCCACUGUCCAGUUAUCCUGGAUAGCUGACCACUCAGGCCAACUGCCCCUCACAGGGUAUAAAGUCCAGUUCAGGCAGGUCCAGCCAGUGCUGACCACAGAGUGGACAGAUGUGGAGGGUAUGGUGGGGACUACAGAGUUGCCAUACUUGGUGACAGGAAUGGUCCCGUUUGCUAGUUUUGAGUUCAGGGUGAGAAGUAGAAAUAUCCUGGGCUAUGGUGACCCUAGCGAGGCAUCUGCUAUUGUCAACACUUUAGAUGGUGCUCCAGGUCUCCCAUCUGAUGUUACCGUAGAAACCAAACAGAACUCCAUUAUUAUCAGCUGGUCCAGACCUGUUGUCUUGAAUGGUUAUGCAGAAAAUAUUGCAUACCAACUCACCUAUACCAACCUAAACACCAGUACCUCUAAGGCAUAUGAGACCAACCAAGCAGAGCCACUGCGCCUGGUGAUUGAAAACUUAGACUAUGAGAGUACAUAUGAGGUCAGAGUGAGAGCUGGUAAUACCAGACUGGCUGAGGGGGGCUGGGGGGAGUAUGUGACCAAGACAGUGACUCUCAGGGAGUUGGUUCCCACACUCACACCAGAAAUCACAGAGGCGACACCUAGAGGACCAGACGCCAUUGUGGUGCACUGGAAGCUCGCCAAAAAUGGCAGCCAUGACAAAGUUGUUAUUGCCUACGCCGAGGUGUACAAGUCUGCAUUUACCACCAUCAGAUUAAACCAAACUACGAGCGGUAACUAUGCUGUAACAGGGCUCCAGGCAGGCACGGUAUACCAGAUCAGGGCAGCUAUGUAUAAUAAUGCAGGAGUAGGGCCCUAUUCUGAUGUAACUAUAGUUGAGACAGGACCAGCUCUGUUCAGUCAGGUGGGAUAUAAAGAUCAGCAGCUUCUCACCACUGGUACCAUCAUAGGCAUCAUCGGGGGCUGUCUGGGGGGUCUGCUCCUGGUGCUGCUCCUCAUACUGAUCUGUUCACAGCAGAGGAGGCUGAGGCAGAAGGAGAAAUCUCUGGAGACUAAAAAAUCUGAUGUGAAGAUGAAUCCUUACGUGGAUCACGACACGAGUAAUCUCGAGUUUGAUGACACAGUUUUCAACACAGUGAACAGCCGCACCUCAGGUAUUCGUGGUUUCUAUGACUUCCAAGGAGACCACGCCCACGAUGUGUCCACAGACACGGCCUACACAGUGGGCAGGAACACAUCAGUACAGGGCAUCAGUGUGAAGCCACAGAGGUCUGAUAUUGUGUAUAAGAGCACCACUGGCUAUUACAACCCUGUAGUGGAAGAGGAACCAUUAGGAGAACACACAGAAAUAGAACUGGAUACCACUAAAAACUCUGUCAACUACCUGGAGCCAGCACAAACCAAGAAGAAACAAAAUGGAGUGCUACGAAGUUUAGACAGGACAGGUGACAGUUUGAGCUCCCAUGAGUAUGCAGAGGUCUCACCUCGUUCUGAGAGAAGUUCUAGAUCUAGUGGCCAAGAUGAGCCUGACACAAGUCUGUACGCUGUGGUGAACAAAAACAGUAAACUUUACAGCCCAGAAGGCAGCUUAAGGAGUAGAGACAUGUCUUCACAGUUCAGUACGCCCUCCAAGGAAGCCUUGGGAAAAUUAGUACAUUCCAAACCCAAACACAGAAUCUCCAUCUCAAAAGAUGACAGCGCCCUCCCAGACAAGCACAGCAAUGACAAAACUCUUUUAAUUGAGGAGUCCACGGACAGUCAACCAGAUAAAACCGAGGCUUCACUCCCUCCAGUAAAAUUCAGCCAAUAUGUCAGUCGUUCUUUGGGAUCGCGUUUUCCCAAAAAGAACUAUGCUUUUCCUCCAUUGGAUUCCAAUAUAUUUCUUGCACCAGAGGAGUAUGAAAAGGUUGCAACCACAAAGGAGAAGAAAGCUGGCGAUGACAAUGAUGAUGAUGAUGACAUCUUUGACCCAGAUGUUGUUCACAAAGGAAGCAACCUUGAAUUUGAACAUGAGGGAGACACAACACUGGAGAGCGAGGAUGAGGAAUUGAUUGAGGAGGAGGAGGAAGAUGAAGAAGAGGAGAUAAAACAUCACGAUGCAGUUUUGUUUUAAUAGUCAAGUUUUUUUGUUAUUCUUUAAAUCUUGACAUCAUAGUCAUGAUCUGAAAUAUACAGAAAGAAAUGUUACACCAUUAAACACAGUGAUGCUGUGGUGUGACAUGUCCAUCCAAGAUGUUCACUCAAGAAUGGGCACAUUGAAUGUUCAAGUUUAUUUAGGAGAUGGUGAGAGUAGAGAGCUGCUUACUUUUUGCUUGCUGAGGAAAAGGAGAGGGGGUUAGGUCUGUCUAAACUCUAUUGUACAGGGUUUUUAUCAACAGUUUUUUUUUUUCUUUUAAUCAAAAUCUCAUUCUUUAUGGCAGGAAACAAAUCUAAAGCCCUAUAUUUUACAGCUGAAAACGAUCAUGAUGUAGGACAUUGGUAUAGAUUUUAAUAUUACAUUGAACUUUGUUCUGUUCUCUUAGUUAUCACAUCUUGUAUGUCCAUACAUUCUUAUUCUCACAUUUAACAGUUAGCAUUUCUCUUGAACAAGGUAUUGUGAUGCACCAGCUCAGGGACCAGCUCCUCAUUCACAGUCAACAGUGGAUGUUACACAAUGUGCCGUCACAUCUAACACAAUUACACCCAGUUUUUCUUAUCCACCAAGGCACAUUUCACAUUGAGUGGAAUAUAUAUACUGUACGGAGUACAGUCUGUAUCAGAUUUGAAUGACUGGGAACUAAGCAGCUUGGCUAUUACAUGAUUGAGUUACAUGAUAUGGUUGAUUAAAUAACUUAACAGCAGGAAGCAAACUUGUGGAAAACUUGUGAAAUAGAGUAAGACCCCGUGUAGCAUGAUUACAUAUUAUGACCUAAUGUUGAAGUGACACAGAUUGUGUCACUUACAUAUACCAUUUUAUGUCAAAAGGGCUGAAGACAAACAUCAUGGAGCGAUGCUGGCUAUCGGUUACACACACAACUGUAGUGCAGGGUUCCAAAUAUCAAAGUAAAUCUUUAUUUUUAUUUUUCACUCACGAAUAUAUUACAUUGACAUGGGGAAAUUCAAUUCACCCUUUUUUAGCCUUUGGGUGAAUUCAUACAUUUGACAACCUACAUCUGUUUUAAUAUCUUCUUUCAUAAGCACAAUAUUUCAGACAAAACUGCAUUGUCAUAUUUUUUAUGUUAUUUCUUUAUUUUUUGUUUAUUUAUUUAAAAAGAUUUUACAGGUUAGUUGUAGGAGUUCCCUCCGGAAAAGAUCUGAAUAUUUGUUUUUCAUCUAAUAUGACUAUUAUGAACUAUUAUUAAGUGUGGUAACAUAUUUUUUACUGAACAGAUACCCUUCAUUUUAUAGAUUUAUAAUACUCUUAGGUAAGUGCUCAUAUAACUUUUGCUUUUGAUGUUUGUACAAUUAUAUAAAUAUAUAUGUGGAAAUUAUAUUUAUACAUUUAUAAUAUGGUGUUAUUCUGAAGGAAGUCACUGUAAGCCCUUCACCAGUAUCUAUAGAUAUGUCAGACACUUGCUUAGUCCACUCAGUUGCUAAAGCAUUAUAAAUUAUAAAAAGUUUGUUCUUCUCAUACUGGUUUAAAUUUAUAAGUACUUUUUAAGAAGGAUAAUUUAUAUACAUGUUAGCUUACCUUUGAAUGUUUGUUUGAAGGUUUUGAAAGACCUGUAACUGAGAUUUGUAGUUGUAGAGCUUUAAUACUCAAUCAUCUGCAUGGUUAAUCUUUUUUACUCUGUUUUUAUUUUAUUUUUGAUGCAAGAUACUCUUUAACGUGUUCUUCUCGUUUUUUAAAUACUGUAUUAGGCUAGAUUUCAUAAUCAUGUUUUUUUUUUUUUUUUAUUUUCCGUCCACACCUUUGGAAAUGAUUAACUUUUGCAAGCUAUAUAAUGCAUCAAGUUAAUUUUAAUUAUUUAAAAAUUCUUGUAUCCAGAAGUUUUGUACAAUAGUAAAACCUUAUUUAUGCUCAGUUGUUUCUGCAUUGAUUUAGAGUUAA